CUGGCGAGACCAAAAUGGCACUGUCCAGAAUAACGGCACGUAUCUUAGCAAGAAAUGCACUAAAACCGCUAGAAAUCAGAACUUUCCAAACAUCUUCGUCUCAGCUAGCGAAGAAAAUACAAGAGCGUGAAGAGAACGGUACUACCAUAAUAGAAGCCAUUUAUGUGGAUUCACCACGAAAGGGCCGUGUUGUAAAAACACAGCACAGCAAUCCAGGAUGCCCGCUUUGCAGACUCGGAAUCACAAAUCUAAGAUACACUGACGUCCUAAUAACUAGUCAGUUCAUGGACUCUAAAGGAAAGCUUCUUCCACAACACGUCACAGGGCUGUGCAAUAAACAACACAAGCAGAUGGGAUUGCUUUUGUACCAGGCACAGAGAAGUGGCCUGCUUCACAACGAGGAACGCUUACCGAGGGAGCGUUGGCAGGAGCUGAACAACUAUUUUGGCAAAACUAAAUUGAAAAUUGAUUUUGGAAAGCCACUUUUGGACAUCAACGAAUACCUCAAGAAACCAAACAUACAAGAUGGGCCUUUGGCAGUGCUCAAUCGCAAAGAACCAAAGUUUCAUUUCCUACAAAUGCAGUGACCUGCAGUGACCACAUUCCCCAUAUCCGCUGCGGAUGCGGUCGCAGAUCCUACAUGUGUGGAUGCCGUGCGGAUGCGGAUACUGUCAGUUCUAUCCACGCUCACCUCUAAUUAUGUGAGAGAUCACAAAACUUUGCCAAGUUUCUCAUUUGGCAGAAGAACGUCCAAGACGCUACAUAAACAUCGAUGAUCACAAUGUAGAAACAUCAAACGCGUGCAAGGUUCCAAAAAAGCUGGCGGCAGUGAUAUUUGCAGUGUAUUCUCUCCAGGAAGAUGGUGUUUGAUAGGAGCCGCUGGAAAAACAAAGUUCGCCCCCAGUGCAACUGAAAUAAAUGUGUGUGGCAGGAGCGCCUCAGUCCCAACAACCCU